GGAGUUCCCCAUCAGAUGUAAUAUUUCUCUGCAUACAACAAGAGGGAGAAUAAUAGAAGAGAGAAAGGAAACAGCUUCACUCAGAAUUAAGGCAUGUUUAAGAUUGAUCCACUGCUGAAGGCUACAAAUGACCAUCAGGAUCAGUGAUCACUACCUUCCCAAUGGUAUCGUUUAUGGGAUUUCUCUGGCUGACCCUCUCCCUUACUUUGUCUCUCAUCUCAGGAUUCAGCCUGAUGUCACCAGCUUGGUUUAGAAAUGGUGAUGUUUCUUUUGGUGUUUUUGUACAGUGCCGAGGACCUAUCAAUACCCCAUGCAACCAGACCUGCAUUUUUUAUAAGGCACUGGAAGAAAUCCCUGAUGUUUUCUCCCAGACUGCAGCAGUGAUCCUUUUUGCGGGUUGGCUGCUGCUGGGUUUUGGAGCUGUGUUGGUUUUGUCGUGGACCAUUAUUCCAGCAGGCCUGUGCCAGAGACGAUUAUGCACCCCAGCCCGAUAUGCCCAGACUGCGGCAGUUGCUGUCACGAUUCUGGGCCUUUUGGUGUUCCCGUUUUGUCUCGGCUCUUCGUUUGCUAAGCAGAUCUGCGUCUCCUCCUUCAUAUACAUAAGUGGAGAGUGUUCUCUUGGCUGGGGUUACAUGAUGGCCAUAAUCACAGUGAUGCUAUCUUGCUUCCUUCCCAUUAUUGGCCGGUACAACUUAAAUGAAAUUAAGACCAAGAUACUGAAAUCCAAGAUCGCAAGAAGUAUGGUGUGAAUUAGAAAAUAUGAUAAUAAAGCAAACAAGCUAUCCAUAUCAUAACAUUCCCUUUCACAGGUGCUUUCAAAGAUAAAAAAGGGAAUUUCCUGGCAGUUUGUGUAUUCUCAUUUUUCUGCCAUUUCUCAAUAUUGAGAAGUUCUCUACAAACCAAAAGAAAGUAUUAUUUAUUGGGUAUGCAUUGGACAUCUGUGUAUGGUGGUUGUGGGUUCUACUGGAUUGUUCACUGUAUUACUAUCUUUUUGUGUACAAAAUGACCAUUUUUAAACUGUAACAA